AUGCGCCCCGAAUGUUGCUUGCCUGAGCCGAAACUCUCUGAGGCUGUACUGUAUCAGUGCCUGAAAAAGGAGAAAAGUGGUAUAACUCCUCUUACCGAAGAAGAAUACCAGUACUCUUUGCAAUGGAAUGACUAUUACAGCCGUUAUUAUAAGAAUACUGCAGAACAAAAAGUAAGCGGUUCAAAUCAGUCUGUGGCACAGCUGACGACUACGGACGAUACGUAUGAACAAAAAGCGAGAAAUAUGAGGUUGCUUAAAAAGGUUCGACCUGAAGAUAUCGAUUUACCACCGUGUGUGCCACCUCCACCGUUAACACAACCUCCAUUGCUAGUUUCGGAUGGAUCAGCUUUAUCUGCUGAAGUGGAGAAAAAAGCAACGCCUGAUCCUGCUUUGAAAGCAAAAACCAAAAGAAUGAUUGAAAUGCAGCUAAAAUUCUCGCGUAAAAAGUUGCGUGAGGCAGUUAAUUCCUCAGUUGCAGUAGUGUCCUCUAGUGAAACAAUAAAUACAUCCGCUGAGCAUGCAUCAUUACCGCGGCAACCGAGUAAUUCACCGGAAAGUAUCGACAAAAUGGAAUCACCAAAAGAACGUCCUCCUCCUCCUCCCCCGACGCAUACUCUAAUUCCAGAUCCGCCUACACCAGCAGAACCUGAUAAUAACAUCGGAAUCAGGGAAUCAUUUAAUGCAGCAUUCGAUGGUGCAGCGAAAUCAUUGAAUUCACAGAUUAUCCAAAAAUUAAGCAGAAAUUCUAGUGAUGAUUCAGAGGUAAAAGAGUAUGUCGCCGUCAUCCAAACAGAACCCACUUCAAUUCUAAAUAUAUCAGACACUGCAAUCAAAACAUCAGGUGAUAUCACGAAGAGCUUUGAAAAUCCAAAAUUAUUCUCCGGUUUAUGCAAAAAUAUGGUAAGUGAGUUUCAAACAGAUAGUGGAAUCUUUGGAAAAGAUGCUACAACGAAACUGGAUGAGCGCAUCUCUAGAUCGAAAGGUGGAGAAAUCAUUUCAGUAAAGCAACCGGAACUUGUUUUGACAGAUGUUGCCGUUGAAUUGAACAUCGUCUCGGGAAAGCAGCCUCAAUAUAAAGAAGAUGUUGAGGAAGAAAAGAUGACAACAAGGACACGACCAUCUGUUGGUAAUAGUUACCAGUCAAAAGCCGAAAAUCAGAUAUUGCGAAAACGUAAUGAUAAUGAAUCUAUUUCGGCUUCACAUGAAAAACGUUCUGAGAAAAAAAUAAGUCAUCGUGAUUGGUCGAAAGGCAGAAGAAGACGAAGAAGUGGAAGCAGAGAGCGACGUUCACGAAGUCGAUCUCCAUAUCGUGACUCACAUCGUAGAAGCCGUUCCCGAGGGGUGAAGCAUAGAAGUCGAACUCGGAGUCGUACACCACGUGAUUAUUACUAUCGUAGCAGAUAUCGUUCUCGAAGUCGAGAUCGAUUCUACAGACACGAGAAUCACGACCGUCGUAGUUAUCGACGUUAUUGGACACCUGAUACUGAAGAUAAAUAUUCAUAUCGAAGACGACACUCCUCGUCUAGAGAGAGAUCUUCAAGACACGAAAGGAGUGCAAGCCGAGAUAUAACGCCAACAGCUGACAAAUCAAGCAGAAGCCUUAGUUAUUAUGAACAAUCAAAAAGUCGUACCGAAUCACCAGCUGUUUCGCGGCACUCUUCUAUUGCACGUUCGGUUUCACAAUAUAAGACCACAGAUAGUCGUAAUCGGAGCUCCAGUCGCCGUAAUUCUCCGGAAUACGAUAUUCCACAAAUAACAGAACAUGAGUCCGAAAAAUCGCCGCUGCAACCGACUGAAGAUCUGGAGUCCAUUAACGGUACAAUUGAUAUAGUACACAAAUCAGCCCAUCACUCAGCAAGCUCUCGCAGUGAGAAGGGUUCGGUAAAGGGACUGGAAGUUAAGGCUGAGAAAUUAAAGAAACACAAGAAAACCAAGGAAAGGCAUAGAAAAAGAAAGAAGAGUCAUCAUAGGAAAAGAGAUAAAAAAAAGCCAAGUCCGUUUAUGGCUGAAAGUGAAUUAGAUGAGAAAUGUAAGGCGUCGUCAGUUCUGUUAGAAGAAACAGAUUUGGAUCUGAAUACAUCCCUGAGUCAACUAGCCGAUGAAGAGGCAGAAACAAUUGCCAAUAGGAAAAAAGAGUCGAUUGAUUGUAAAAAUGAGAGAGUGAAAAAGAAGAAAGAGAAAAAAAAGAAGAGAGAGCGUCGCAACACUAGCACGGAAAGAAAUGACAUCACGAAAAAGGGCUCACGCGAAACAUUGGAAGAUGGUGAAAUCAUCACCGAGAAAGAUAUGUCACCAAAAACGAGGGGAAAAGUGGUUAAUUAUGCUACAUCUGAAUCAGAAGGGGAAAACAAUAAUACAGGAGAAUCGAAAAAUCCUGCUGAACAGCCAGUCGAAAAUUGUAAUGCAAAAGGUGUUCUUCCGACGAUAGAGUUUACAGUGAAUUCUAAAGCGGCAGAAAAUUCUACCAAACUUAAAGAGGAUUUCAACGAUCCUAACAUUCGGUCGUCAGUUUUGUCGUUCGAUUUUGUUGAUGAAGUACUGAAGGUCUCUCCAGGUAAUAUCAAUAUGUCUAAGUUAGAAAAGAACGUGAAACUAAAUUAUGAGCCGAUAAAUCCUAAGAGGGAAACAAAGAUUACAGUGGAUCUCGAAGAUGAUGGGAUUUCCAGUAAACUUAAAGAUUCGACCAUCGAUUUCAACGAAAUUACUGCUCGGGAAGCAGAAAAAUUGAAAGCGGGUAACAUCACGGAGGCAAUGAAUAAGUUGAAGGAACUGCGUGGGUACGUCAAGUCGAAAGUAACAGUUUCAAAUUCGGCAACUGAAACAGAAAUAAUAAAACAUUUUAACAAAGCAAGUGGCAAUGAUUCCACAAUUGUCGGGGAUAGUUUAGCCGAUGUUCCGUUACCAAAAGGAGUGCAAGUAGCAGCUGAUCUUAUUGAACGAAUUGAACAAACUGUGACACCUGGAGUUCGAACACAAGAAGCUUGUACAAGUGCUAAGAUCGAUUUGAUGGAUAAAGAUGUGAGGAAAAAAAAGGAAACGCUUAAGCGAAAGUGGGAAGAAGAUGAAGAGGAUGAAUUGAGCAGAUUAAGAUAUGAAGCAUUGCGAAGCAAAACACGAAGGCUAAUGAAUGAUCUAAAAGCUGAACGGCGUCGUUUAAAAAGAGAGCGCCUGCGUGCUACCAUUGCAAUGCGACGAGCUCGUGAGCGAUCGGUUGAUACUAGCGUUGAUGAGAUUUUGCUUGCCGAUACUUCCGAUAGCAGCGAAACAGAUGAUUCUGAUGACUAUUCAUCCUCACAUAAGAAGAAGCUGUUAAGACGAAAACGAUAUGGUGGAAGAGAAGCCGUCAUUAUGCACUUGAAUCAGAAUAAGAUCUGUGGAUUGAAGCAACUUAUUAAUGACGAGGACGAUAUGAAGGAAGAGCAAAAUCAAUAUCAGAAGGCAGUGAGCAGUGAUAGUAGAGAACAGCUAGAAUCAAAUGCUCCGAACAAUUUGAUUUUGGAACUUCAGCAACGUAUAGGUGGAUCGAAUGACAACGCAUUGGCAUUGUUGGAACAGCUGAAGAAAUGCUUAAUUGGUGGAGCGGUGAGCUCGAACAUACAUCUCAAUCCAGAAGUGAUUAGAAAGAAUGCUUAA